GUUAAUACCAUGCAUAUGGCUCAUAGCUAGCAUGCAUGUUUUAACUUUUUGACAAUUAGAAACUGAUUAUUAGGGUUCAAUUCAAGCAUGGGUUUUCUUCUGCUUCUGAAGAUAAUUCAACAUGCAAAGCAAAAGUUACGACUACGAUCUCAACGGUGCUCAAAGCGCCAUUUUUCAGGACAGGUUUGGAAGAAAAUAGUUGAUGUUCCAAGAGGACAUUUUGCUGUGUAUGUAGGUGAUAAGGAUGAUGAAUAUAUGAGGCGGUUUGUGGUCCCUAUAUCUUACUUGAAGCAACCUAUGUUUCAGGCCUUGUUGAGUCUUGCUGAGGAAGAGUUUGGUUUUGAACACCCAAUGGGAAACAUUGUUAUUCCAUGCCCUAUUCGUUAUUUUGUUACUCUCAUUUCUUGUUUCAAUGGCUCGUAAUUAUUUUGUUACUCUCACUUUU